AUGCCGUCUCGGUGCCCUCUCCUGUGUUGCCUAGCCACGAUACUCUGUGUGUGGGCACUAUGCCAGGCCCAGUCGGACACUGAGCUUCCCCCUGGCACCCCCAUCAUCCAGCUGCGUCUGGCAGGGGACAAACGCAAGCACUACGAGGGCCGGGUGGAGGUCUACUACAAUGGCGAGUGGGGCACGGUGUGCGACGACGACUUUUCUAUCCAUGCGGCCAACAUAGUGUGCAGAGAGCUGGGCUACGUGGAGGCCGUGUCCUGGUCCCCGUCCUCCAAGUACGGCAAGGGAGAAGGUAAUGAACACAGAGGAGUAGGGGCUUAAAGGGAUUGUUCAGUAACAUGUUGUAAUUGGAAAUCCACUUUGACCAUUAAGACUUAAUUAAAGGGAUAGUUCAGCGAAAUAUAUAACAAAAUAUAUUUGUUUCCUUUGAGAAUCAAUGACAGACUGCAACAAUAAUUGGGUCCAGCAUAUUGUAGCACGGAGUGGUCCAAUAUUUGGAAUUAGAAUGAUCAUCAUUCUUGUAACGUAUUCCAGAGAGACUUUUUCUAUUACCCUGGAAAGUUAGAAAGAUGAGAUGCAGUAUGUCCCUCUUUGCAGGAACUAUGAUUAGGAUUAAGGAGGAGAUGUCUCAAUGGGAACACAUGAGUCUUUGACGAUGGGAGGUUGGGUUAAUAACAUCUUUCAUCUGGCUUUUAUAGAGAGCAGCCAGAGCUCCAUAUAUCUCAAUACUGUUCCAUUUACAACCUUCAAUCAGAUUUAUGGAGUUGGGAAAGUCAUUAGACAAUACUAGAGAUAUUCUUACAAGACAAGGGGGAUGAUGAGAUUAUGUCUAUGUGUCUGGCUUAGUGUGUUUCCAUUUUCCAGUAUUUUUCCCCUCGCAGAGUUAGAUUGGUGUGUAUCAGCUAGCUAGACUUUAAUGGGGAAAACAGUGUUUUUUGAGGGAUUACGGUCCCAGACAGGGGAAACGUGCUGCAUUAGUUACGGGAUUUCCAUGGAACAUAUGACUCUGUUCUGAGCUGCUGAGAUAGAAGUCAUAUAAUGUCAGUGGUGUCUAGUUCACUGCAUGUGCAGCCCAAAGGGUUUCUUGAUCUUGAACUAUGUAGACUGGAGAGUUGGGAAAGCUGGGAAAGUUAGGCUUUUGUCGCAGCCAGUAUACUGUAUAGGUAUCAUAGGAAUAAAGUGUGAAUAUCCACCAGCAUAGGCCCAACAUUCCCAGAGCAAUUCUGAAACUUUUACAAUCACAAAACGUUAUCAAAAUGUUAUCUGCUGGGUGUUUCCUGCCAGGCAGCUGUAUGUACUGUAUAAGGAAGUAUAGAUAGAACUGAAGUCAGUUGUAAGUAUUAGCUAAGAAGUAACAUUUAUUGUUGUGGCUCAUAUUCAUCUUCUCCAGUGUCUGGGUUAUAGACUACAGAAAGAGCCUGAGGCAUAUUCUGUCUUUACAUGAUCAAUGUGCUGCCUCGGGUUUCCCUCAUCCCACACCACUGAUUCAGACUAUUCUGGAACACAUAGCUGGAGAGCAGACUGACUGAUGAUCCCCACCAUGUAGUUGGAUUGGAUUCCAACAAUGUAAUGUGGUUGUAGUGGUCUGUUGUGAUUGAUUAGACCAUUUAGAUUAGUCUAAAGAGCCAUACACAUUUUUUUGACAGGUGAUGGCAACAGAAAUUCUAUAACACUUAUAUCUUGCAUGAAAUUGUCAAAUUUGGUCAGUCUAACCUAAGCGAAAAGGUGAGUUGUCAUGAACUGUCAUGAUAGAAGUUAAAGGUCCAAUGCAGCCGUUUUUAUCUCAAUAUCAAAUCAUUUUUGGGUAACAAUUAAGUACCUUACUGUUAUUGUUUUCAAUUGAAAUGGUCAAAAUAAACAAAAAUAGCUUUUUAGCAAAGAGCAAUUUCUCAAGCAAUAAUUUUGCUAGGAUUGUCUGGGAGUGGUCUAAGUAGGGAGGGGAAAACUGAAAACUAGCUAUUAUUGGCAGGAAGGUUUGGAUAUCUCUUUCUUAUUAGUCAAUUAACAAAAUUUCAGGCUGCCUUUUCAAACAGCUCUUACAUUAAAAGGGCAUUAUCAUCAUUUUAACAAUAUUAUUUCAACCUCAUAGUGUGGAAAUAUAUAUACAACACAGGAACAUCACAUUGUUUUUGUUUUUUUGUCAUUUAGCAGACGCUCUUAUCCAGAGCGACUUACAGGAGCAAUUAGGGUUAAGUGCCUUGCUCAAGGGCACAUCAACAGAUUUUUCACCUAGUCGGCUCAGGGAUUAGAACCAGCGACCUUUCGGUUACUGGCACAACGCUCUUAACCACUAAGCUACCUGCCGCCCCGACUUUGACUGCACUGGGCCUUUAAAAAUCCUUAAAAAAUUGAUUUGAGAAAUCUCAUGGCCACUUUAUGAAGGUCCUGGACCCAGAUUUUGCCUAGUCCUGGACUUAAAAUGAAUUUCAAUGGAGAAUAUACAGUACAUUGAAAGUAUGUUUUAGUCCACAAUGAGACUGGCCCAAAGGUGUUGUCUGUUGACGCUUCAAAUUGAUAUAGGGCGUUGGUGAGGGUUCCCUUACAUUCAUGUGUGGUCAUCAGAGGUGUCUCCGUCCCCCAUUGUUCAUAGGUCGGAUCUGGCUGGACAACGUCCACUGUUCGGGGCGGGAGAGAACACUGGCCCAGUGUAAGUCCAAUGGCUUUGGAGUGUCCGACUGCAAACACUCUGAGGACGUGGGAGUGGUGUGUAACCAGAGACGCAUCCCCGGCUUCAAGUUCAUAAGUACCUUCACCAACAAUGUGGAGGUAAGCCUAAAAACAUAA